AUGAGGAAAGAAGAGAGCCAUGAGAAAAAGAAGAAUGAUAAGAGAAAGCAAGAGGAAGUGAGAAAACCCGACCUUCCAUAUCCCCAAAAGUUUAUGAGGAACAAACUAGACGAGAAAUUUAGGAGAUUUCUUGAAAUGUUGAAGGAGGUCCAUCUUUCUAUCCCUCUUACAGAAGCCAUGACCCAAAUGCCUAGAUAUUUUAAGUUCCUUAAGGAUAUCUUUAGUGGCAAAAGACAUUGUAAUGAGAUAGAUUUGGUGGAGCUUGGUGAGUGUUGUAGUGCUUUGAUUCACAAUGACCUCCCCAAGAAGAUGAAAGAUCCGGGUAAUUUCUCCAUUCCUUGCAAAAUCAAGAGUAAGUUGUUUGAGAAUGCUUUAUGUGAUUUAGGUGCUAAUGUGAGCAUAAUGCCCUUCUCAGUCUUCGAGAAUCUAAAGCUAGGAGAACUUCUUCCUACCAAUAUGACUUUGCAAUUGGCCGAUAGUUCCAUCAAGUUUCCAAAGGGAAGAGUUGAGGAUGUUCCCCUUAAGAUAGGUAGUUUUACAAUUCCCGUUGAUUUCAUUGUUCUUGGAAUAGAAGAAGAUGACCACAUUCCUAUUAUCUUAGGGAGACCGUUCUUAGCUACUUCGGGAGCUUUGAUUGAUGUUAAGGGAGGCCGUAUUACCUUGAGAGUUGGUAACAAGAAAGAGAGAUUUGAGCUAAAACCAAUGCAUGAGUCCUUAUCCCUUGUGAAGAGAAUCAAGAGUAAUUAUUCUCUUCAUUCUUUUGAUAAUGUGUGUGUGAUUGAUUCUUCAUCUAACAAUAUUCAUGAUAUUUUUGAUGAUGUGCUUGUGAGUUUUGAUUGCAUGAAAGUUAGUGAAGAUAAGAAGGAGCUUUCAAAGACUAUGAAAGAAGAGGAGAUUGACAUUCCUCAUUGGUUUGAGUUCCACCCUCGAGAGGAAGAGGAAGAGGAGGAUUCCAUGGACACAGAUGGUGUGUCUACAAAAAGAAACAAAAUCAAGAAGAAAGAAAGACCUUCGAGGAAGAAGAUAAUGAGAUUGAAGUUGAGAAAUGAAAAGAUUGUUUUUGAUGUGCAAGCAAGUGAAGUUUUGUCAAGCAACAACAAGAGGUUGCUUAAAAGUGAAGUAGAAGUUGUUAUAUCCGCUACCUUGGAUAAGGUGAUGUUCUUUGAUCCUCCGUGA